UUCCUCUUCCACUCCCGGUCCUUCCUCCGUCUUCCUCUUUCUGUUCCUUCUCUCUGGUCCAACACGUGUCCUGUCUGAACCAGAUGCAGGCCUCCUGUCGGGUACUUCUGGUGUCCCCAGUACAGUAUUUUGUCAGAGUUUGUCCCCAGAACAGCCUUGCGAAGCCGACCUUAUCGUCCCAUUUUCCAGAGGAGGGACUGAGGCGCCAGAGGGGUAUCUCCCAGGGUGCACAGCAGCGAUAAUCAGAGGGGAAAUCAGGACUCAGGCUUCUGGCUCCAGAACUUGUCUGUGGCUUCAGGUCUGUCCCUUCCGGCAGCCGCCGAGUUCCUUGAGCACAGGGAUGGUGGCUCGUUCAUCUGUCCCCGCAGCACAUACGCCCAGGAGCUCUGGGGCUCCCCACAUCCUGCCUGGUAUGGUGGUUACCUGGGACUGUUGAAUGGGUUUUUCUGGAUGGUUACAGGUGGAAUGGAAGACCAGCCAGAGGAGCCAGGAGGUCAAAGGGCCUUUGUUAUCAAAGCAGGAAAAACUUGGGGAGGAAGAGGUCCCUGUGGUUUCUCCACCCCAGCAGCUUUGAAGAUAAGGGGGGCCUGGGGCAAAGGAGUUAAUGCCUCUGCACACCAAGGAGCCUCGGUCACCUACCUCUGUGAGCCCUGGCGGCAGCCCAGGAGCGAUCCUGCUGGGCCAGACCUGCCUCCACCAAGGCCCAGUGAGUGCCCACGCCAGCCUGGGCACCUGGGAUGGGUGUACCAGCUCCCAGAUGGACCCCUGCCCUCAGCAGGAGCCUGGGUUCCUGGCACAGCGGCCCCCUGGGGGCAGAGCCCUGGAGGAGGCGCAGUGCACUUGAGGCCAGGGAGCCCGUGGUGGGAGCUAGGGCUCUGUCCUGAGAGUGGUGGGAGCCAUAGAAGGUUUAAGCUGAGGUGUGGGGGUGUUCGGAUUUACUUUUUAGACGGGCCUCCUCAGCCAUGUGAAUGAACCUGAAUGGACAUGCAGCCAACUGGCUGCUGCAGGGGCCCAGAGCAGAGGCAGGCGCUCAGCCUGGGGUGGCAGGAAUUAGGGGGAGAAGGUGGGAUCUGGGGGUGUUUGGGGCUGCCCGGGUGGAUCCGGGAGGCGUGUCGGCUCUCUGCGCUUGCUCAUUCUUACUCCCCGGCUCCCUCCGAACACUUCUGGGCCCUCUGGGGCCAUUCACCUGGGGAAAGCGAGAACUUUCCCUGUCCCUGCGCCCUUCUGGAGGUGGGAGCCGGGGCUGCUCCGUCCCAGGUCCCCCCGCCAGGGCGGGCAUAGAGGGCCGUGGGCCCGGUGGUGGUGAGCCUCACAGAUCACUGAGGGGCACAGCAGGAGAGACUGGAGGGAGCCCAGCACAGGGCCCCCACCAACUCCCUCCCUUCAGCCCAGGGUGUUCUCUGGGAGUCAAGUGCUCAGCAUGUGUGUGUGGGGGGGGUUGUGGAGUGGCCUGGUUUGCUCGCUUUCCCGCCAUCCUCCUUGGAGCUCCGUGGCCCUCGUCAGUCUGGACACUUGGACCUUCCUCCAGCCGAGCACCUUCUUCUCUGUUGUCUCUGAUUCUUCUUCCGCAUUGUUCCUCCGUGUCUUCUCGGCUCUCGGAUGAACGUUGGACGUUCUGGGUCCCUUCCACGUGUCUUACAUCUUUUCUCUCGUUUUUCUCUACCUCGUGUGCUUUCCUUGACGAUCCGGGAGGCUUUAUCCACCUUACACGUUGGUCUGUUUUUCAGCUCCCUCGUCAACAGAUGUUUAUUUUAGCUGCCCCCCUUUCCCUUUCCAAGAGCUUCCCCUCUGUCUGUUGCCCCUUCCUCCCGGCUCCCCCCGUGCUGUUGGGGGGAGCGCCUUCUCGAAGGGGUCCCCCCUGCCCCUGCAUUAUGUCAUUUCCUGUCAGUGGGUUGUUGUGCAAAUCGCCCAGAAAUGCCCUGGCUCUGGGCUGGGCCAGGUGGCUGCGAGUCCCCGCCUUGUCUUUCUCAAGAAUGACAAAUCCCUAGGGGCGUCUGGGUGGCUCAGUCGGUUUAGCAGCCGACCGGUCACGGUCUCAUGGUUCGUGGCUUUGGGCCUCGUGUCGGGCUCUGUGCUGUAAAAGCAAAGCUCGCUUUGGCUCCUGUGUCCCGCCCCCCUCCACCCUCUCUCUCUCGGCCCCUUCCCUGCUCUCUCUCAAAGAUAAAUAAAGGUUAAAAAAAAAAAAAAAAAAGAAUGAUAAACCCCUAAUCCCUGACGAGCUCUUGGGAGGACCGAGGGAGGCAGGUAUGGUAGACAGGCGAGGCUUCUGUCUCUUCCUCCUCCGCCCUCUCUUCUCUGCCACCUGCUCAUCCUCGGCCCUGCCCUCCCACCACCCGUCUCCCCUCCCUUUUCUGUUGUUCCUGGACCCACCACCCAGCCUUUCCAGUUCACCAGAUGCGUAAUCGGCCCCUAGCGAGGGCUGACUACGGUGGUGCCAGCAGUAACGACGGCUGGGGCUGGGGCUGAGCCGUUGGAGACUGCCGGCCACAUCGCUGUCGUGAGGUGAGGCCUGCCAUCAGCCCCAUCUCCCGCACGGGGAAACUGAGGCCUGGAACCAUUAGAUAGCUUGCCCAAGGUCACUAAGCAGGACUUGAACCCAGGCAGUCUGAAGUUCACUGAGGGGGAAGCCUGAACGUAUGCAGACCUUUCCAGAUCCUUACCCCUGCCACACACACCCCCCCGCCUCCCUGGCCUGGUUGAGGACCCUGCUGACUCUCUGGCUGUCCCCUCUCAGGACUGCUGUCCUGGAGGCUGUGACCUGGGCUUGGGUGCCACCCCACUGCCUUCCCUGCUUAACUCCUCUUCCUUCAGACUUGACCCCGUGCAGCCCUCAAGGAGCGCAUCUCUUCUCCCUGGGGCCUCGAGGCUGUAACCGCGCCAUUAGUUCCUGUGUGUUCCGUCCCAGGGACGGUGGUGUCCUCUCCUGCCGUGCCCGCCCCAGCCUGGUCCGCAGGACCCUCCCCGCUCCCACCCCUCGCCACUGUCCCCCGCCCUCGUGGCCUGAGCUGCACCCCCCAUCCCUUUACCCGCCUCCUUGCCUUUGCGCACAGCCUCCCCUUCCCGGCCCCCUCCUCUGAAAAGCACCCUGGGGCCCCUCCCCGGGGAGCUGGCUCUGCCCUGCCGGCUCCCCUGCAUGUGGGGUGCCCAUCGCCUGGGCCCCCGUCGUCGCACCAGGCACAGUGGCCAGCUCCUCGAGGCCACCAGGAAAUGUUUGUGGAGUGAAUGGGGAAGUGUGUCCCCCCCUCCCCCGCAUGCUAGGAAGUCCUCAGGGACACAUGUGCUCGUCAGAAUGGAGCCUGGCCUGCCUCUUUAAGGCGCUCACCUAUGGAAGGGGGGGACAGGGAGCACAGCCCCUUCCUGGGGUUUUCCUCCCGCCAGGGGCUGGUCACCCAGGUUGACAGACUCACCCAGGUUGAGUGACAAGGACAGUAACAUUCACUAAGCCCGACUGGGACCACUCUUAGCCUGCAUUUACUAACUCCUGUUAUCCUCCUAAGGACGCUGGGAGGUAGCACUGUUGACAGGGUCCUCUGUUUGCCCGUGAGGAAACUGAGGCCCAGGGCAGUUAGCCCCCACCCAGCUCCCCAGCUGGCAGGUGCCUGCCUUGGCGGUCAGACCCCUCCCCGCUCACUCACCUGCUGUGCCCGAGGAAACCAGAGGAGCCCCCAUGGCAGGAGCAGAGAGCCGGCCGGCCGGCGUCGGCCACCAGGAAGCUGUGUCGUCACCAGGGUCGUUUCCUGCAGGAGGAGCGUGGAAUGGCGGGCGAGGGCCUAGGGGCCAGGGGCCUGGCAGAGAAGAGGGGUGCCUUGCCCAGAACCGCAGGCAACCUCUGCUCGG